AUUUUUUUUCGUCUUUUUUAUUAACAUCUUUUUAUAAAUAAAAAAGAAAAAAAAAACCCGUCUUGUUGGUUUGAAUGAGUAACCCAUAUUAUCGUCCUCCCCACUUUUACAGUCAAGGGUCUAUUCCUGCUUACACAGGUCAAAAUUUUGUACCUCAGCCUUCUGGUAGUAAAGCAAUUCCCAUUGUGGAUCCACAUACCAGUAAAGUUAUCAACCUUAAUAAAGAGAACAACAAGGAAAAUAAUACUGGUGAUGACAGUAGCAACAGCUACCACGCUAACAGUGAAGAAAAGCCUUUCAAGAUCCUCACAUCUCGACCUGUCAAGAUCGUCGAUCCUAAUGCUAAGAACGAAGACCUAAAUGAUAAGGAAGAAAAGAAGGACAACGUUGUUGCAGUAGAAAAUAAAAGCGUUGCAGAAAACGACGAGAAUAAGGAAAAUGAGGAAAAGGUUAUAUCAAAGGAAGAACAACCCAAGGAAGAACCUAAGGUUGAAGCCAAUGAAGAGCAACCUAAAACAGAGCCUAAUACGGAGCAUAAGGAUGAACGAAAAGAACUUGCCACAGAGGAAGGCGAAGAUGACGUAAAGGAAGAGGCAAAACACGAACAAACUACUGCGGAUAAGAAAGAGGGGGAUACUCAAAAGAAGGAGGAAGAUGAAAGUAAGGAUGAGAAAAAAGAGAGUGAACCUUUAACAGCGAAGUCAGAGGAAGAAACAUCCAUGAUGGCCAAGGGACUACCUCUCGGCCGUCUCGAUCUCAGUGCCAUCCCAGCUCAUGUCUACAGUGAAUCGCCUGUGACCACACCCACCAGCUUAAGCCCACCUCGCGUGAAAAAACCUCCUAUGCCAGUGAUUGACGAUUUUAGUACUAUCAAUUACCCUCCUGACUUUUUGGCUCCCAAGGGCCGUGAUCCUGAGACGGGUCGUAUAGCUUAUGAUCGUAACUUCAUGAUGCAAUUUGAAAAAUUAUGUUACGAAGUCAAUGAUGAUCCCGCUGUUCUCUUCAAGGAUAUCCUUGAAGCGAAAGCCAGAGAUAACGCUACUGGUGGUCCCGGUGGUGGCGGCCGUGGCGGACGAGGAGGCGGAGGUUCUUCCCGUCGUCAAGCUUCCGAACGUGGAGGUCGUGGUGCUCGUACCCCCGACAGUAUGUCACGUAGCAAUUCUCGUGAUAGUCGUGGUGGUGAAAUGGGUAAGUUUGCCGGUGGACGUCCUAUUUCCCAUCGUCAAGGUAGCUCUGGACCCAACUCUCCUUCUAUGGAACGUCAAGGUUCUCAUGGUGGAAGAGGCCGUGGUGGUCGUGGUGGUAAGAGUCGUCAUGGUUCUCGUGACCCCAAUAAUGGUGGUCCCACCAUACCUUUGGAUCAAGUGGUUCCGUUAGAAAAGAGCGAGAAUCGUUGGGUACCUACAGUAGUAGCCACUUCUGGCACUGCCGCUACUGCCUCUGAAAACCUUCAAAAAGAAGCUGAGGAUAUGAUUCCUCAAGAGGUCAUUGUUCGUAAGGUGAAGGCUUUGUUAAACAAGUUGACUCUUGAAAAAUUCGACUCUAUUUCUGAUCAAAUUUGGGAAUUCGCCAAGCAAUCUGAAAAAGAAGAAGACGGUAAAUCCUUGCGUUGCGUUAUUGAGCUGGUUUUCCAUAAGGCGUGUGAUGAACCCAACUUUGCCCGUAUGUGGGCUGCUUUGUGUAAGAAGAUGUUUGAUACCAUUCAGAGUAAUACCGAGAUCAAGGAUGUCAAUAUCCUGAAUAACAAAGGUGAAGUGGUCACCGGUGGUCCUCUCUACCGUAAAUAUCUUCUGAAUCGUUGCCAAGCAGAGUUCGAAAAGGGUUGGAAGAGUGAUUUGCCCAAGUUUGAUGAAAGCAAUCCUGAUCUCAUGAUGACCGAUGAAUAUUAUGCUGCGGUUAAGGCUAAGCGUCAAGGUUUAGGUCUUGUUCAAUUUAUUGGUGAGCUCUUCAAGCUUGGUAUGUUAUCUGAUCGCGUCAUGAUUGAAUGCUUAAGAAGAUUAUGCGCCAACCCUCAAGCUCCUGAAGAUGAGGAAACCGAAACCAUGUGCAAGUUGUUGACCACCAUUGGUAGAGUGUUUGAUACCAGUAGCCGUAAGAACAAGGAAUGGCUAGAUGCCUACUUUGGUCGUAUGCAAGAGAUGUACGAGUCUUCGACAUUGAGUUCAAGAGUCAAGUUUAUGAUCUUGGAUGUGUUUGAUUUGCGUAAGAAUAAAUGGAUGCCGAAGAAUGGUGCAGUUGCUCCUACCACAAUCGCUCAAAUUCACGAGCAAGCUAAGAAGGCCAAGGAAGUGAAAGAAAAGGAAAUGAUGAAGCGUUCUAGCAGCUCUCGUGGCGGCGCUGGCGGAGGUGGACAGCCUAUGUCUCGACAAGGUUCUCGUGCUGGUGAUCGUGGUAUGCCCGGCAGUCGAGACAUUUCUAGACAGAAUUCUGCUCGUGGUAGCCCAACCUUGGGUAUGAAGUCCAGAUCCAACGCAAGUAACAGUGUUCUUGGUCCUGCCACUAGUCCUUUCUCUAGCUUGUCUCGUAGUGCCUCCAAGAACAAUCUUGACAAGAAACCCCCUACCGCUCCCGAGCCUGCUCCUACUGCUAUGUCCAAUAUGUUCAGUGCUUUAGGUGGCGAUGAUGAGGAGGAAGAUGAGCAUGAAAAAGCUGAAGACAGCAAGGAAGCUGAAGUUAAGGAAGAUAAUAACAAGGCCGAAUCUGCUGUUGCCGCUGUAGAAAAAGAGGAAGAUAAGCCUAAGGAAAGCGAUGAAGUGAUAGAACGUAGAUCAAAGAAUACAAUCGAUGAAUACUUUAGCAUUCGUGAUAAAACGGAAUUAUGUGAAUGUGUCAAGGAGUUGGAUCAUCCUCAUUAUCGCGUUAUUUUUGCCAGAAAAUUGUUAGAUGUGGUGGAGAAGAAGACAUCUGAUGUAGAAAUUGUUUGCGACAUGAUUGAAUUGUUGAUGAAAGAAAAGGCUUUGUUGACAAGGGAACAGUUCGUAGAAGCCUUUAAACAAUUCUGGGAUGUUUACGAAGAUUUGGUUAUCGAUGUCCCUCAAGCUCCCAAGCAUGUCGAUAUGAUUCUUGCCAUUACUGGCAUCGAAAGAUCAGAAGUUGAGACUAGUCAGUAAAAAAAGAAGGAAAAGAAAAAUUGAAUGUACUCUCUGUCUUUCUUUCUCUUGUAUAUAUAUAUAUAUAACAUUUUAUAAUAACCUUCCCAUUUUUUUUUUUUUUGCUUUCAUUAAAUACAAUUACUUUUCAAAUUAACGUUGUUUUCUU